CAAGCUAAUGCUAAAAAAAAAAAAAAACAGAGAAAGAAUGACGACAGAAGCAAAGAGUACAGAAGCUUCUUCAUCAAUGGCGAAUCAUGUCCCCGCCAGUUUCUUGACUAGAGCCAAUGCCUUGUUCAGAAAAAACUUAACCUAUCAGAAACGGAACAUAUGGAGUAACGUUCGGCUCAUAGUGAUCCCUUUCUACCUCUGCGUACUUCUAGUAGGGAUUCAAGUCUUGUUCGAUACUCAGGUUAAUAACUCUGCUGAUAACCGUUGCGGUUGUCGAUGCAUCGAGAAAAAUGGAGAUGGCAAAUGCGAAACAAAGAGUUGUGGUUUAGAGUAUUCAUCUCUGACUCAAGCCUCCUUUUGUGCUUUCCCUAACCCUCCACCUUUGCUCCCGUUACUACAAAUCCCUCGUCCUGAAACGCGUUCAGUUGUUGAUCCUGUCCGUGGCUCAUGCAGACGAACAGGAUCUUGUCCUGUUACUAUACUUGUUACUGGAAAUAACCAUUCUCUUGGAGCAAGUAUGUCUUUAACUAAUUUACUUCAUCUUUAUCUCAGAAUCUUCUCAGUGAACUCCUCUGACCUGUACUUGCGUAAUCUCGCCUAUGAUGUCUUGGGUACAACAUCAGAAGCAGACUACACCAAUUAUCUUGAUCCAGGGUUACACUCUGAUCUUCCCAUUUUCCAAAUCCGACCUCGGUGCAUGCCAUCCACCAACUUGUCAUUCUUGUUCCGACAAACACCUCUCACGUUUCAUAAAGAGGUGAGAUGCCUUCAAGGAUUGAGUCUCUGGAGAAAUAGCUCCGUAGAGGUCAACGAUGAGAUCUUCAAGGGUUAUCUUCAAGGAAAUCCUAAAAAGAUCACCAAUGAGGUCGCUGCAGCAUACGAUUUUUUGAACACCGAUAAGAAAAACUUCAAUGUGAGCAUCUGGUAUAACUCUUCCUACAAGGGAGAAUUUAAAAUACAAGAUAGGCGAGUAAACUAUGUCCGAGUUCCUCGCUCAGUAAAUUUAGUUUCAAAUGCUUACCUUCGGUUCUUGCGUGGACCGGGGACAAAGAUGUUAUUCGAUUUUGUGAAAGAAAUGCCUAAACAAGAAAGUAUACUUCGUGUUGACAUAGCAUCUGUCAUUGGCCCCGUGUUCUUAACAUGGGUUAUUGUUCUUUUGUUCCCUGUGAUUUUGAACUCAUUGGUGUAUGAGAAGCAGGAACGUCUAAGAAUUAUAAUGAAAAUGCAUGGCCUAGGAGAUGGUCCAUAUUGGAUAGUAACCUACGCAUAUUUUCUAGUCAUAUCUACGUUGUACAUUAUAUGCCUGAUAAUAUUUGGCUCAGCAAUAGGACUAAAGAUCUUCCGGUUUAAUGACUACAGUAUCCAGUUCGUUUUCUAUUUUCUCUGCAUCAAUCUGCAAAUCUCCCUUGCCUUUCUAGUUUCUUCAGUAUUUGCAAAGGUUAAGACAGCAUCAGUUGUUGCUUACCUAUACGUGUUUGGAUCCGGGCUCUUGGGCGGUUCCCUCUUCCAGUUUCUGUUGGAAGGUUUAUCAUUUCCAAGACGCUGGAUUUUUGUUAUGGAGUUAUAUCCGGGCUUCUCUUUAUACCGUGGGUUGUAUGAGUUCUCUGUGUAUGCUCUAAAGAGAAACUUGAACGGGAGUGAUGGAAUGAAGUGGAAACAUUUUAGUCAUAGUGCAAUGGAUGAAGUUUUCUACAUCAUUAUUGUUGAGUGGUUUCUCACACUUAUUGCAGCAUACUAUAUGGACCGAGUUUCUUCAUCCGCGAAAGACCCUUUCCUUUUCUUGAAAAAAGCUUUCAAGAAAUCUACUUCUCCUCAAAGGCAUAGCUUACAGAGAAAAGGACCUGCUGUUUCAAUAGAAAUGGAGAAACUAGAUGUUGCUCAAGAGAGUGAAAAAGUCAAGCAGUUGAUGCUUGAGUCGAGCACAAGCCAUGCCAUUGUAUGUGACGACCUGAAGAAGGUGUAUCCAGGUAGGGAUGGGAAUCCGCCUAAAAUGGCCGUUCGAGGGUUAUCUCUCGCUGUGCCUUCAGGAGAAUGCUUUGGCAUGUUAGGACCCAAUGGUGCAGGGAAGACAUCCUUCAUCAAUAUGAUGACUGGGCUUGUGAAACCAACAUCCGGAACAGCUUUUGUCCAAAGUUUGGACAUAUGUCAAGAUAUGGAUAGAGUAUACACUAGCAUGGGUGUAUGCCCACAACAUGACUUGCUUUGGGAAACGCUGACAGGAAGGGAACAUCUGCUCUUUUACGGAAGGCUUAAAAAUCUUAAAGGCUCUGAUCUCCACCAUGCUGUAGAAGAGUCUCUUAAGAGUGUGAACCUGUUUCGAGGAGGAGUUGCUGAUAAACCUGCUGGGAAAUAUAGUGGAGGCAUGAAAAGGCGGCUAAGUGUAGCCAUUUCACUUAUUGGGAGCCCUAAGAUGGUUUAUAUGGAUGAGCCAAGCACAGGACUUGAUCCAGCUUCAAGAAGGAGCCUAUGGACAGCCAUCAAAUCCGCAAAAAAACACACCGCGAUAAUCCUCACUACACAUUCAAUGGAAGAAGCAGAGUUUCUUUGUGACCGGUUGGGGAUUUUUGUAGACGGAAGGUUACAAUGCAUAGGUAAUCCAAAAGAGCUAAAGGGAAGGUAUGGUGGAUCUUAUGUGUUUACGAUGACAACAUCCUCAGAACAUGAGAAAGAUGUGGAGUUGUUGGUUCAAGAUGUUUCUCAAAACGCCAAGAAGAUAUAUCACAUAGCAGGGACACAAAAAUUUGAGAUCCCAAAAGCUGAAGUUCGCAUCUCACAAGUGUUCCAAGCGGUGGAGAAGGCAAAAGGAAAGUUCAAGGUGUUUGCUUGGGGACUUGCGGACACAACUCUUGAAGAUGUUUUCAUUAAGGUUGCUAGAACUUGUCAGACCUCUAAUAUCCUCUCUUGAAUCUUCCGAAGAUUAAUCAUUUGAAGAUAGUUAAGCAUCAACAUUGGCUUGUUCAUGUUUGAUAAAAUUGGCCAUGCAUAGGUUUGAUCAUUUAUUUACAUUACAGUAAAACCUCUAUAAAUUAAUAAUGUUGGGACCA